AUGGGUCAAGCACAGAGUGGUGCAGAUAAGGAAGUGACUCUUCAAAACAUCCAGGAAUUAUACCGUAAGUUUGCAAGUGAAUGUCCAAGUGGAAAUCUGCACUUGCAUGAAUUCAAGAAGAUCUUUGGAAUCAACAGAAACUCUACGGAAGAAGAAGCUGCAUAUGUGGAAAUUGUUUUUCAGUCAUUUGACACAAAUAAGGACGGUAAAAUAGACUUCUUGGAAUAUGUGGCGGCGCUGCAUCUUGUUCUUCGUGGAAAACUCGAGGACAAACUGAAGUGGUCCUUUAAAGUUUAUGACAGAGAUGGAAAUGGCUGUCUGGAUAGACAGGAAGUGAAACACAUUGUCAAAAUCAUCUACAAAAUAAAGAAGCAUAAAGAACCGAGCAUCACAGGGAGCAUCGAAGAUAUUUGUGACAGAAUAUUUGAACUGGUGGACAAGAAUAAUGACAGUCAGAUUUCUUUGGAGGAAUUUAUUGAGGGGGCUGAGAAGGACCCCUGGGUGUUGGAGCAGCUCCAGCUGGACAUCGGGCCUGGUGAUUGGUUCAUUGAACAGCAGGACAAGAAUCCCUGAUUUCAUAAUAUACAGUGUUUAUUUUCAUGACAGAUGAUUGGA